AUGCUGGUUGUGGAAGACAAUUCUUGCUGUAGAAAACAAUGCUGGUGGUGGAAGCGAGAUACUGCCAGUGGAGGACAAGAUAUUGCCGGUGGAAGACGAGACUGCCGACCGAAGUUUAAGCAAUCGAUCGCAGCAAGCAACACGAAGUUACUGCUCACGUCUGCCUUCGAGGCAGACACACUUUACCUGGGUGACUUCGCGUCAUCCAGCACUACCUGGCUGUCUGACUACGAGUCAGAUGGUCCUACCUACCUCAAUACAGCUCAAACACCGAACUCGUUACUUCACUCAUAUCCAUCCAUCCUUUCAGGAAUUUCGAACUCGUCGGUUGGCAAAUUCUUCUUACAACAGAUAAUCAAUGGUCGGGCUAUGCAAAAGGUGGGACCCGCUAACUAUACUUGUUUGGGAAGUGGAGAAGGUGAACUCAAUAUGGAACUUGUCGCCCAUUAUCUACUCAUCACAUCCUCAUCGUUUACCCCCAUCACUACCUUAGUGUUUGCCUCCAUCUGUACCUCAACACCUGGCCUCAUCGCAUAG